AUGUCCCAGUUGAUCAGCCAGCUGCUCCAAAAGACGCAAUUCAUCAGCAAUCGCAGCUACGAGCUGGCGGUCCAGCUUUUGGACCGCAAGGUGUUUCUCAAGCCUGACACAAUGGUGCCUAUCCGAGGAUGUCUUGUUUUGAGGAUCAAGAAAAAGCAAAUCAAUAUCCCCUCGCUCACAGUCCAGCUGAUUGGGAAAACACAGCUCGACAAAUCAACAGAGAUCCAGAUCAACCCCAAACGACAGUGGCGCUGCAAUUGGAUGGAACAAGGCACAUACUAUUUCCCCUUUGAGUUUUUGCUGGAUGGUAAUGUGCCCCAAUCUUUCUCGCACCACAUUGCAAAUGUUAGCUAUUUUUUGCAAACAGAGAUAACCAACCCUGAAUCCACCUUCAAGGUGCAGAAAUGCAAGACGUUGCUUACCGUAGUGAAAUGUCACGUUUAUCCGGAAGUUGAAGACUCAAUUGCUCUUGGUAACUGGAGAAACCUGCUGAUCUACAGAAUGUCUGUGAAUAACAAAACGAUUUAUUUGGGAGACUUCAUUCGCAUCAAUUUGAAGCUCAUCCCCUUGCAUAACGACCGCUACAAGAUCCAUCGAGUCAAGAUAACUCUUGUUCAGCACACACGAAGGGGGCUAAAAGUGCACAAGGAUAAGGUCCCCUUGUACAACCGUGAACCACCAGGCAACGAUCUCGAAUUGGAACUUCCGAUCGAAACUGGCUACAUUAAAUUCAAGAAAAACAACAUCCUUUUGUAUCCCUCGACAACACUCUCCAACACUAACGGGGUGCUCGAAAUAUCGCACAAUGUGGAAAUAAGUCUACUAGUGGAAGAGCUCAGCUGUUUACAAAACUCUCCACUAUCUCCCAUCUGCUCCGAGUCCACCAAGUCUAGUCAGAACAUCGACGACGAUUGGGCAAUGUCGAAUGCUUCGAUGAUUGACGAAGCUGGCACACUGCGAAACAAAAGGAUACAGCUUACUAUGUCAACGAAAUUGCAAGUCUUACGGUACGAAAGUCAUUUAGGGAUCGAGCCUCCGCCAAGUUACAACUAUACCCUCAAGUUCCCACCAGAUUAUUCCAUGGGAUGCUAA